AUGAGAAGUGAGAAGGGGGAACAGGUGCAGCCACGUGUGGAGGGCGACCUGAGGAACGGCUCUCGCGUACUAUGCAGUGGUCAGUGUGAAAUCCGGACCAUAAGUGCGAGCGAGUGGCCAUGCAUCAAGCCCGAAAGGCUGAAGAACGACGAGCAGACACGGGCGAUUGCAGCAUACGGAAGCAAAGGAGGACCCGAGACCAGAAGCGAGGUCCCAGCCACACCACUAGCGAGACAACGGGACGUCCCAUCACUUGCUUUAGUCAGCUCACGGGCUCUCUUACCAUCCGAUGGUCACUUGAGAACCAACCGCUUCCCGCUCAAGCCGCAGUUGCUGCGCAACCAAGUCAAGUCUAAGACCAAGUCCUCUCUCCUUCUGUCAGCACCAAUGCCAGCUUCGGUCGAGGAUAUCAUGCGCGUCGUCACGACCGUAUCGACGCUGUACAUGCUCGCCAGUCCCCUGCUGACUGUCAUCCGGUUCCACCUACGCCACGACGUCGGGAGUGCAGCCGUGUUGCCGUUCGUGACGCUCUGGGUCAGCAGCCACAUGUGGAUGCUGUAUGGAUACGUGAUUGGCAACCUGUUUCCCAUCUUCGUUACGUAUGUCAUUGGCGACGCACUUAGCGUCCUCUUCCUUGCCGUGUACAUCCGCUGGACAACCAACCGCAGAGCUGCUCUGAAAGUAUGCACCAUCGCUUUGCUCUGGAACGCCACAGUGACCAUGUACGUUACCCUGUGCGAGACCGCCGUGCUGCCUCAGUCACAAGAAACGCUGGAGCUGGUUAUGGGCAUCAUCGGGACCAGUUGCAGCUUUGUGCUCUACGCGUCGCCCCUUGCUGCGAUCAAGCUGGUGUUGGAGACCCGGUCGUCCGAGUCGCUACCAUUCGCCCUGAUUCUCGCUGGCACGAUCAACAAUGCGCUCUGGGUCGUGUACGGAGCCAUCGUAUCCGACUUGUUCGUCAUUCUCCCAUCUGCCGUGAGCACAGCGAUCGGGUUCAUCCAAAUCGUUCUCUGUGGCGUGUUCCACCCUUCUCGUGCUGCAGCUGACAAGACCGUGACUUCAGCCAUGCCUUGCGAGUCUUCAAACGACGAGCUCUCACAGUGUAGCAGCUAUGACGUAAUGGAAUCAGCCACGCCGUUGCCACUUCAUUACAAGUGCCAACAGGAGCUGGAAGGGACCUUAUAG